ACAAUAUUUUUGUUCAAGUAUUUGACACUUAGAAAAUGGCAGUGAAUAGCCCAGGCUCUUAUACCAAUCUCAAAUCUCCAAGAAGUCCAAGGCAGCUUCCACAGUUGCCUCAGCCACUUUCAUCAUGUGCUUCAGGACAACGAAAUUCGUGUCAUCCUCUCCAAAACUUAAAUAAUAAAUCCCCAAGUACUCCUAAAGUUUUUGAAUUCCCACCAGAGUAUUAUCCAGAAACUCCAAAUGCGAAUUUUGACUUUGAUGAUUUUGGGAAAAUUGAUUCUAUUAUAUCUGCAUCACGUUCUGGCCAUUUGUCUGAAAGUAAUACAUCAAGUAGUAUAGGCAAGAGUCUAAGCUUUCAUAGUCAACAUUCAUCAUCAGGAAUGAAAAGUCCACGUCUUGCAUCUGAAGCUAAAUCGCCUAUUUUUCAAUUUUGCAAUCCACGUAAAACUUUUGAAAAAACCCUGAGUUAUCCUCCACGAAAUCCUGUCUCUCCAACUCCAAUGAGUUCAACCAUUAAUCGUAGCAGAUCACCCUCUUGUGGCUCACCGCAAAGCUUUGGACAAAAAAGCCCAAUUAGAGUAGCUGAACGUUCUCGCAGAAAUUCUUGCUUUAAUUUGAGACCAUGUAAUUCACCCACAAUUGUCACAUCGUCUUCAAGAAGUCCAAGCCCUCGAGCGGCUGAUGCUGAUACAUUUGAGACAAGUUUGAGCCAAGAGAUCUGUGAAAAAAUUUACAAAGAAUCAGAUACAAAAUUUUCUCAACGUCAGGAUAGAGAUAGUCCUCAACAAGUCAGAAAAAGACUAGGAAGUCUUCACCUUAAUAAGAGUUACGGAUGCUUAAAUGAGGUCACAGAGAAAAUGUCGAAAAGAUCUAGAGCGAAAAAUAUUUCACGGCGGUCUACUAGUGAUCUCACAGAUGCAGCUGCAACUGAUGAUGUUGAAACUGAAGUUACAAUACUUUCCAGUCCACGAAGAAGAGGUUCAAUGAAAGGUGGUUUAGCAUAUCUUGCAUCAAGACGAGGUUCUCGAGAUAGUCAAGUUUCAAAUGCUACUAAUAUCAGUAAUGAGGAUAUUGGACCAUUAAAUUUCAAUGCCCAUCCACGUGGUAGACAGAGACGAACUUCUAACUUUCUUGAAUUACCAGUGCCCGAUCAUAUCAGACCACGUGUUCAUAGCUUGCCAGAGAAAGCAUACAAUCCUCGUGCUGGUGACGACUUGUACAGACUUAGGGCAUUCAGCAUUACACAUAAAGGUGUGGUGAAUCGUGGAGACUCCAUUAUAUCUCGACGCAGUAGAAGUAACACCUCGGUCAAUAGCAGUAGAAAUAGCAAUGUAUCAGGAGAGCGAUCACCAUUUGAAGGAUCAUGUUGCAGUGGUCAAGGAGUCGUUGGUGAUAGCACUGAAAGUGAAGUAGAAGAAGUUCCAAAAUAUCGUGUCGUCCUCUUAGGUGACUCAGGUGUAGGAAAAACAGCAUUAGUUUCACAGUUUAUGACUAGUGAAUAUAUGAACACUUAUGAUGCAAGUUUGGAUGAUGAGUUUGGCGAAAAAACAGUCUCCAUUUUACUUGAUGGCGAAGAGUCUGAAAUGAUAUUUAUCGAUCACCCUCAUAUAGAAAUGAGUGUUGAAAACUCUUUAUCAACUUAUGAGCCACAUGCCUGUGUCGUAAUUUAUUCAAUAGUUUCACGAGCAAGCUUUCAAGUUGCUGAAGAAAUGCUUAAUUAUCUUUGGCGAGAACACUAUACGCAAGACCGAUCUGUCAUCGUAGUUGGCAACAAAUCUGAUCUUGAAAGAAGUCGAACAAUCUCGUCGAAUGAGGGAAAACAAUUGGCCACAUCACGAGAAUGCAAAUUUAUCGAAACAUCAAGUGGGAUCCAACAUAAUGUUGAUGAGCUACUAGUUGGAAUUCUUAAGCAAAUACGAUUACGUGAGGUACGAGAUAAAAAAUUGCGCCGACAAGGAAGUAAAAAUAAAAUACUCUCUAAAAUACAUGGUAGUAAAACUGCCCUUAGCCUUAAUCUUGCUCGUGAAAUUUUAAACAAAAUGUGUAUGAAUGAUAGCAAAAGUAAAAGCUGUGAGAACCUUCAUGUACUAUAAAAUAUCUGUUAUAUAAAUUGACACUUAAAUAUAAUUUAUUGAAAAAGAA